AUGAGAAGUGACAGCAAAAUCACUGAGAUGUGGUCAGAUGAAGAAGACGCUAAGUACUAUGAUGAUUAUAUAGAAAAUUAUAAACCUAGUGCUGAGGAUUGUUAUGGUAGUGAUUAUGGUAAUUAUGAAAACUAUGAAGAUUACGAAGAUUAUGAACAUUAUGAAGAUUAUAAAGAUUAUGAAGAUUAUGAAGACUGUGAGUAUUGCGAAUCAGAAAAAGAAAUUUGUGCGAAAUACGCAUGGGCAUUGCAUCAAGAGAAAGAGGCGUUAGAUGAUGGAAGCCAUUCUAAGGUUUGUGAAAGUGUGAUGACUAGUGAAAAUAGAGUAAACAGAGAUGGAGGUAAAGAUAGAACUGAAGACUGUAUUGAUGAAGUGGUAACUAGAGAGAAGCGUAUUCACAAAAAAUUGCCCGCGAGAAAAUGGAGAAAUGGGAAAAAUGGCGGUAGAUUUGACGAGCCAUUGAAGGAGGAAGUCGUUAACAUGUUGAGGCUAUUUGAAAUUAAGAACGGAGUUUUUUGCAGGGAAAUUGAAGAAAUUUGAAGAAACGUGAAGGAAGUGGAAAAGAUUGAAGAAAAGGAAGAAGGUUGAAGAAAAUUUGUGUUUUUGAAAAUAGUUGAAGAUGAUGGAGAUAAUUGGUCCUGUAACCGUAAUAAAUAA